AUGCAGUCCGACCAAAAGAUAACCGUUGCCGCUCGUUGGCUCCGUGGACAGCCCACCGCGGCUACUGGCCUUGAUGUUGGCACCACCUUCGGCCUGCCCUGGCCACGUGGCGAUUGUCCUUCCUCUGCUAUCUUUUCCUGUCACGACGAUGCCGGUGCUUCGGUACCGCUGCAGUCAUGGUUGACGGCCUUUUGGCCUGACGGCUCCAUCAAGUGGACGGCGCACGCCAUUGUUGUCUCUGGCUCGGACGCCUAUCACGUCGUCGCCAGACCCAAUCGGGCGGACCAGAAGAAUGAGACCAGCCAGACAGACAGGGCUAUACGCGUGAGCGAGGCUGAUACUGCCAUCAUCGUCGACACGGGGAAGAUCAGCGUCGAGUUUGCCAAGUCGGGCGGACAUGUCGUCAAGAGCAUCACCGCGGCCAAUGGAACUGUCAUCGGAAGUGAUGGUCACCUGGUCCUGCUGUCAUCCAGCGACGAUGUCGGACAAGACGGCAGUUUCCAGACCCACGAGGCAGUGGGCACGGUGGAUGGAGAUGGCACCCCCUGGCUGCCCUUUCUCCUUCGCUUUUACCUCUAUGCCGGCUCCGAGGCCGUGAGGAUUGUACACACCAUCGUCUAUGACGGCUCGCCCACGACGGCCAUCCGCGGACUCGGACUGCGCAUUCACGUGCCUCUUGCCGCUACACAGCUGCACAACCGCCACGUCCGUCUGGCUGGCGUCGGCGGGGGCGUCCUGUCCGAGGCUAUUCACGGUUUGACCGGGCUGUGGCGGGAUCCAGGUGUUGAAGUGCGCAAGGCCCAGCACGAGGGCAGGCCUGUGUCGAUGCCGGAUGCCGUCCCUCCCGACUUCUCGGCCCUCCAUCGCUGGGUCCCGGCCUGGAACGACUACUCGCUCGUCCAGCUUUCACCCGAUGGUUUUAACGCCCGCAAGCGCACAAAGGCCGGCCAGAGCUGGGUGAAGAUUUCCGGAGGCACACGGGCGGGCGGCCUGGCCUUUCUCGGGUCUGCGCACACUGGCGGUCUCGCCGUCGGCCUCGCCAAUUUCUGGGAGCGCUACCCGACAGGAAUUGACGUUUCUGAUGCUGCCGCCGAUGCCACUGCAGCCGCAUCCUCUAUCACCCUCUGGCUCUAUAGCCCGGCAGCUCCUCCGAUGGACCUGCGGCCAUAUCACGAUGGUCUCGGCCAGGCCGGCUUUGACGACCAGCUCGAUGCCCUCCGGAUCACGUACGAAGACUGGGAGCCCGGCCUGGGGUCGGCCCACGGCAUCGCACGCACCAACGAGAUAAUCCUCGUCGGCCUCGACCACACGCCGGCAGCCCGUGAGACUGCCCAGCUGGUCGAUCUCAUCCGAAAUCCGCCGCUGCUGGUAGCCUCGUCCGAGCAUAUCUAUCAGACUGCCGCUCUAGGUCGCUAUUGGAAGCCGUUUUCGACCUUGUCCACUGCGUCCAACUCGACCACCCUCCACCGCCUCGAUCUCCUCUUCCAAUUCUACCACGACCAGAUCGAACAGCGCCGCUGGUAUGGCUUCUGGGACCACGGCGACAUCAUGCAUACCUACGACGGCGACCGCCACGGUUGGCGCUACGACGUCGGCGGCUAUGCCUGGGACAACUCGGAGCUCUCGCCCGACCUCUGGCUGUGGCUCUUCUUUCUCUGCACCGGCCGUGCCGAUAGUAUUCCGUUGCGCCGAGGCCCUGACCCGCCACACGACUGCAAGCAGGCCCGGGUGUCCAAUGCUCUGUACCGCCGCAUAUUUUACUAUCUGACCGCCGACGAGCGUGUCGGCGACCUGCUGGACGAGGUUCUGGACGCCGAGUCGGCCUUUUUGGUCUUGGACCCCUACCGCAAGGUUCGGCCUGAUCGUGGCACCUAUCGGCCGCAGCCCGACACCAUCUCCAUCUCGCUCGGCACUGACUGGUCUGCCAUUGCGGCCGCCUGGCUCAUUGCUUGGGAGCGCCGUGGCCCGACUGCCAAUGCGUUUCGGAAUAAGCUCUUUCGCAGCAUGCGUGGCAUUGCCCGGCUGCCCAAUGGCUUUGUUGCCGGCUUUGCCCUCUACAACCCCUGCACUGGCGACAUCAGCCCCGACAGCGCCCGGGGCCCCGUCAACGUUUCUCAUCUCUCGGCCAUGUUUGGUCUUGUCGAGCUGUGUGCCGAGCUGGCUUAUCUGACCGAUGAGACCGAUUCAGUCGAUCAGCCGGUCGAUCCCUCCGAGCCGUCCGAGCCGUCCGAACCGGCCGAGCAGCGGUCCUUUUACCAGGCUUGGCUCGACUACUGCCGUUUCUACAACGCCCCCGCAGACGAGCAACUUGACCGAUAUGGCUCCACCUUUCCUAAUUUGCAGCUGCGCCAAGGCCACUCACGCCUCACCGCUUAUGCUGCCGCCCGUUUCGCCUCUCCGGACCUGGCAGCCCGUGCCCGUCGCGAGUUUGCCACCGGCGACGGCUACGACCAGACCACACCCUGGACCGUCCGACCGGUCGAUGCUUGCGAGAACUUCACGCCCGCAUACGAGGCCCCUUGGGUGUCCACCAAUAUUACCGCCCUCUACGGCCUGGCUGCCAUCCAAAACAUGGCCUGGCUGGCUGAUGAGUAG